AUGCGGAGGUGUUUUCUCGUAUCCAGGCAGCGGGUCUCAAGCUCAAUCCCCAGAAGUGUCACCUUGCUCGGGAUCAUGUGGUGUUCCUUGGCCACGUCGUUUUCCACGUCGGGGCCUGCAGCCGGACCCAGGAACACUAACAAGGUCAGGGUGCACUUUCCUCCGGUGCCCUCUCUGCCGGUGCCCUCUCCCCUGUGCCCCUCUCCGCCUUGCCCUCCUCCGCCUGUGGCCCCUCUCGCCUGUGCCCUCUCCGCCUGUGCCCUUUCCGCCUGUGCCCUCUCCGCCUGUGCCCUCUGCGCCUGCACCCUCUCCACCCGGGGCGCCUCCUGUGGGUGGAGAACGCUGGCAUUCACUGAAUGGCAGGGGGUUUCUCGUCCACCAAGGGGAGUUUGCGUGGCUCGCGUGGCUACGGAAAUUGUGGGCGGAGUUCCCCAGGCUUUCCCACUGGUGGGGGGAGCUUCUUUUGCCGACAGUUUAUCCCUCUCCUGUGGGGAACCCCAGCAUCAACGGGAGAGAGUGUGGACGCAGGCCAUGGACGGUCCUGUUAUUGGCCCUCCAUGCUCAAAGACAUUAGGCAGUGGUGUGAACAGUGUGUACCAUGUCAGACUCGCAAAGCCCCUUGUACCUAAAACACAGGGCUUCAAUGGGGGGGGGGGGGGAGGGUUGCAGACUGUGCGUCCGUUGUUCAGCGUGUGGCUAUUGGACAUUUUUGGAACUUCCGGUAACUUCCAGGGCAAUCGCUAUGUGUUGGAGAUCGCCCGUCAGUGCCCGCCCUGGUCUGACAUGUGGGUCUCCCGGAUGGGUCUGGGUGUGGGUGUGUUGUUUGAUAUGCAACCUGAGGUGCCGGAGUUCACUCGGCACUGA